AUGGAAUCAACUAACGGGGAAAAAGACACAGAAGAUUCUAUAGUGAUUGAUCUCACCCAAUCAAUUGAAACGCCAUUACUUGAUUCAAUUCAAAUUGUAAACAUUGAUGUAAAUCUUGUAAAUGAUAUUUAUGACCUUACAACAACUUCUUCCCCAAAUCCAUCUACUGAAGUUAUAGUAAUCGAUGAUGAUACCCCAAAUUCAUCUCCAUUACAUCAAAGACAUCAUAUCGAAAGUAGAAUUAUUAUUCCUAGAUCUCAACCUGCAACUAUUGCAAGUUGCGGGCACAUUGUUUGCAGAGUUUGUGGCAAUAGAUUUUUAGCUAGAAAAAAGAUUACUUGUCCUAGUUGUCAUACCAGAACUAAAUCUAGCAGUAUGAAAGAAAAGGUUGCUUAUAAUACUGAUUCAAAUGUUGUUAACAAAUUUAGUGACACAUCUUCACCCGGAGGCAUGUCCACGAGAAGAUGA